AUGUUCAGUCUAUUACUGAUCAAGUUUCUAGAGCAGCAUUUGCUUGCCGCUAUCGUUCUUCUCUUUCUCCCUGUUCCCCUUCGUGUACUUGAGAAAUGUCUUCGAAGAUGGAGACUUGCACAAGCUCAGGGCUGUAAAGAAGCUACUAGCAAAGUGGCCGUGAAAGAUCCCAUUAUUGGUUUCGAUUUCCUUUACAAGGUCUUCUUUGAAAAGCCCCCUGAACGAUAUCUCGACAGUAGCUGGCAAGCCUUCGAGGAGAUGGGUACUACUUACAUCGAGAAGAGGUGGUCUUGGCAAUGUGUAUACACUUGCGAUCCCCAGAACAUCAAACAAAUCCUUGCCACUGCAUAUCAUGACUUUGAUCUUCCCGAGUUUAGAACUUCAGUCAUUGGCCAUAUCUUUGGCCAGGGCAUCUUCGUUCUAUCAGGCCAUCCUUGGAAGCAUGCCCGGGCUGUACUGAGACAAAGUUUCAGGAAAGACAAUCCCGCUCCCUUUCUAGACACUCUCGAACGAAACUUCCAGUCUUUCCUCCAGCAUGUCCCUACCGAUGGCUCUGAAGUUGAUCUCCAGCCUCUUUUCCUAGCUCUUGCCAUGGAUGUCUCUACGGAAUUCCUCAUGGGACAUUCGACCAAUAUGCUUAUCCAAAAUGCAGAUCACACUCGGGAACAGCAGUUUGUCGAUGACUACAUGGUUUGCUCCGAAGAGAUCAUCCACCAAAUGCAGCUUGGUCCACUCCACCCCCUCAAAUUCAACUUUGCAGCUAAGAGGGCGAGAAAGAGGGUGUACGAGUAUCUCGAUGCUUUCAUUCAAGAGUCCCUGAACAAGUCCGAGGAUGGCUCAGGCAGCAGUUUCCUGACAGAGAUGAUGGAUGUAGCAAAAGACAGAACGGGGCUCAGUCAUCAUAUCCUACACAUCCUGCUUGCAAGUCGGGACACUACAUCGGGUCUUCUUGGUAAUCUAUUCUUCUUCCUGGCCAAGAAGCCUGAGAUCUAUGCAAAGCUCCGAGAUGAGGUUUUAAGUGUUGCUGGUCAAGAGCCCCCUACUGCAAGUCAACUCAAAGACAUGACCUACCUAAAAUGGUGCGUCAACGAAUCGCUGAGGCUGCAUCCUGUCAUUCCCACCAACGCCCGCGUCGCAGUGCGAGACACCACCAUCCCCCGGGGCGGCGGCAUCGACGGAAAGUCACCACUCUUCGUCUCCAAAGGAACAGCCAUGUUCUACAACGUGUACGCCAUGCAUCGUAACGAGGAUGUCUUCGGGCCCAAGGCCGAAGAGUUUGCCCCUGAGAGGUGGAAGGAUCUGAGACCUGGCUGGGGGUAUUUGCCCUUCAACGGCGGUGCUCGCGCGUGUAUUGGUCAACAGUACGCUCUUCUGGAAACGCAUUACGUUGUGGCGAGGAUGGCGCAGGCUUAUAGUGAGAUCGAGUCGAGGGAUGAUGAGGAGUGGACGGAGUUGUAUGCUUUAGCGUUGUGUUCGAAGAACGGAUGCCGAGUAGCAGCCAAGAGGUAA